AGGUUUUUCCAGGUGCGGUUGAUCAAGCGGAAGGCUGACGUCUGCGUAGUCAGCUCUGGGGCUCCACACAUCCUCACUAAACUGUAGUAAACUAACACAUCGUCUUAUAGGCAGUGAUGUCGAUACAGAAAAACGCGCCUCUCGCUUCAUUUCUCACCUGAGGACGGAGGAAGAGGAGACCUGCGGCUCAUGGCCGUGAUUGUAGUCGCUUUCAUAUUGGUGUGCACCGGGUCAUGGGACCAGACUUUCCUCACAGCCGCUCAGACUUGUGUGGAUGAGAGCGGGUUUAAGGAGGAGGUGGUCUACGUGGGGCAGCAGGGGCCUCCGUAUCGGCUGAACUGCCCUCUAGAGCCUUUGCAGCCCCCGAGCUCCCCACAGCCCCGGCUGAGCUGGCAGAAGGACUGUCAGCAGCUCCACAAUCAGGAGGGGAAGACCUACCUGGAGUUUGCCAGGCUCAGCAUUGAAGACCAAGGGAAUUACACCUGUAUGCAACAAGGCAACAGCACAGCUUCAUUCACUGUGCACCUCAUUGUUAAAGAGUCCCAGUGCUCCAAAGCCCCAGAGUUUAAACCUAAGGGAGGCCUGGAGAGAUUGUGGAGGAAGGUGGGAUUCACUGUGAAACUGAACUGCACUGCUCUCCUCCUCUGGGACCAAAAUGAGGAGCAAUGUGACACCACGCUGCAGUGGAGUAAAAAUGGCCAACCCCUCACCAACUUCACACUUUACAUGCAGAAUACCUCUUCAUGGUCUCCUGUUGCUGGCCAGCUGAUGGUAAACAGUCUGCUGGUGAUCACCCUCAGGGAGCUGGAAGAUUUUGGGCUCUACAGCUGCACAGUGAGGAACGUUUCAUCUGAUUUCAUCCUCCAGGAUUCAAAUGGACCCAGCCACACAGCUGCUGUUAUUGCAGCCAUCGUCCUCCUCCUCUUCCUGGCUGUAGCUGCUGUCGUGUACUCCAGGUGUCACCUGAACAUCAAACUCUGGUACAAGAACUCCUACGGAGACUAUGAACUCAACGAUGGGAAAUUAUAUGAUGCCUACAUCUCCUAUGUGAACAAUGACUAUGACAGGAAGUUUGUCAACUUUAUUCUCAGACCUCACCUGGAAAAUAAAAAUUGGUACAAGGUGCAUCUCAAUGACAAUGACAUCCUACCUGGCGGAGAACCCUCUGCAGAGCUGCUAAUGAACAUGAGUCGUUCUCGGCGUCUCAUCGUGCUGCUCUCUCAUGCUUACCUCGAGCAGGACUGGUGCUCCAAUAGCUUCAGACAGGGCCUUCUGCACUUGCUGGAGCUAUGUGAGAAGCCCAUCCUUAUCAUGUUAGAGGGUCAGUCCAAACGCAUGGGGCCUGAGAUCAAGCAGCAGCUCAGUGAGCACCAGCACUGCCUCACUAUACUCACCUGGAGACACAACUCUGUGACUCCUUCCUCAGUUUUCUGGAUGGAGCUGGCCUUAGCGAUGCCUCGCAGGGUCCUCUUCCAUACUGAGUAUGCAGGGGACCCACAGACCGUGCUGCAAGACGACAAAGACCCCAUGCUGACGCUCGAACCCGACUACCUGGACUGCCGCUCAGACGCUGACCCCACCGGAGAUCUGGGGCUUCGCCUCCCUGUCUACAAGGCUUUGGCCUGUAAAGCUCCCGUCCUCCCUGCUGCUCCCAUCACAGCCGCCGAGCCCAAACCCUCGGACAUCGACGUGUCAGACUUGGGAUCGCGCAACUACGGAGGCCGCUCAGACUUUUACUGCCUGGUCACUAAGGAGGACAUUUGAGCCACACUCCCCCUCACUUCUGCUGAUCUCUAAAAAUGGCCACCUAAAUGAAGAUCCCCAUUAGCAUUGCUUUUAUAUUUUAUCUGUGAUAAGUAGCUAAAUAUGUUUGUUUCUUUUCUUUAUUAUGUUGUUAAAAUCAAAAUGUUAGUUUUCUAUUUCCAUUCACCCAAGACUGAUUUGUUUUGUUUUUGUACUUUGUACUAUUGUGUAAAACAUUUUAUGGGAAAUUGUACAAGAAAUUAUCUGAAAUUUUUGUGUCAAUCAGGGAAAGAAAUAACUUAAGAUAUAUAUGUAGAAAUUUUGAUCUCACAGCCAAGAUGUUUCUGUUAGUCCCCCAGCAGAGGGCAGAGUAAUGUCAGGUAACAUGAAGGAGUCCUGUUUGUUUUGUGGCAGAUAAAAGUAUACAGAUGGUUUGGAAUGACAGAAAAAAAUCCACGUGACAGAGUCUUAAAAGUCAGAUUUGAACCUUGAAACCUGUUUGCACUCCGGUCAUCUGAAAAAGUGCAACGUCCGGGAGUGAAGAGCUCACAUUUCUUGGCAAUUCUGCUUUGUAUGUGAUAUAAACUGACUGAUAACAACAUGGCAAUCAUGCUAAUAAAGUGCUUUGACAAAAUACUAGACUCUUUCUCUCUGUAAGGACUGAUGACCUCUGUCCUUAUGGAGUGAUGAGUACCUGCAGUACUAAAUAAGAGCCUAAGUAAGGGAACAGCCGGGAGGCUCUGCUGUUGUUCCUGUCUGAGCAGGAACAAAUAUGUAAACAGGGAGCGGCCGACAUUUUACCACUUUAGUGUCGGUCCCAACACAAAUGCUGCAGCGCACACAUGAGAAAUACUUACAAAAUUAUAUUUCCAUAC